AGGGUCAAACUCCGUCGUGGGAGGAUUCACACCAGCUUGAGUGUUUUCAGCUGAUAGUUUUAUUAGAGCAGACACUGAACAACUGAAGAAAAUGUUUCACAUGUUUCUUUUGUUUUGUUUGUGCUGCUGGAGUCUGACUGGUGUGUUUGGUGAUUCAGUGUCAGUGAUGGAGGGAGAUUCUGUCACUCUAAACACUGAUGUUACUGAAAUACAUGAAGACGACGACAUACUGUGGAAAUAUGGAGCUGAAAACUCUCUCAUAGCUAAAAUGAGCAUUGAGAACCAAAUCUUCUCCACAUCUGAUGGUCCUGAUGGGAGAUUCAGAGACAGACUGAAGCUGGACGAUCAAACUGGAUCUCUGACCAUCACAAACACCAGAACUGAACAUGCUGGAGUUUAUGAACUAGAGAUAAAGGGAGUGAAACGAUCAUCAAAAACAUUCAGUGUUUCUGUCUAUGCUCGUCUGCCUGUUCCUGUCAUCAGCAGUAACUCUUUACAAUGUUCUUCAUCAUCAAAUUGUUCAUUGUUGUGUUCAGCUGUGAAUGUGAGUCAUGUGACUCUCUCCUGGUACAAAGGAAACAGUUUAUUGUCCAGCAUCAGUGUGUCUGAUCUCAGCAUCAGUCUCUCUCUACCUCUGGAGGUGGAAUAUCAGGAUAAAAACACCUACAGCUGUGUGCUGAACAAUCCCAUCAGCAACCAGACUCAACAUCUGGACAUCACUCAACUCUGUCACACAUGUGCAGAUCAGGAUCUACCUUUAUUGUACAUAGUGUUGAUCUCUGCUGGAUUUCUAUCGAUUGUAUCUGCAGUCGGGAUCUUCUGGAUCUGCAGGAAACACAGAAAAACUGAUCAAGAAGGUCAGACUCAUGAGGACGAGAUCACUUACUCUGAUCCAGUGUUCUACAAAAGAAACGCACGUAAAUCAAAAGCUGAAGAGGAGGAUCAUGUGGAUUAUGCACCUAUCACAAUGAGAAGAUGAUCAAACUUCAGAGUUUUUCUAAGUAAAGACCCAGCUGUGAGUCUAUGGUUGAGUUUUUCAUGAGAAUCACCACACUGUAUCAGGAAAUCCCAGCAGACAUCGAGCAGGAUCAAUGUUUAAACUAGAAUAAUUAAAGAUUAAAUCACAUUCUCUCCUUAAAACUUAAAACAAACUUGCCUUUUUAAUAAAUUAUCUAAAUCAUAUGGUC